AUGACUAUGUUGACUGUUCUGACAAUUUUCAUAUGCUUGGUGGCUGUAUCAGGAGAUAUACCGGCUGGUUCUCAAUGUCAACCUUCAACAUGUGGUGCUCGAGCAGCACCUUGUUCAACUAACUCGGAUUGUGAGUGCCUUGCACUUACUUCGAGCUCCAGUGGUGUAUGUGCUGCAUCAUUGCUUCCAUGCUCGAGUCUAACGCCGUGUGCAAGUGAUAAUGUGACCUGCACAGUGCCAUGCACCGUAUGUGCUUUCAGUACUCAUUGUAACAAGCCCAUGUGCUAUCCAUUGGCACUCACUGACCCUCAAGUCUGCCCACCACUCAACUCCAGUACGCCAACACCGAAUCCCCAAACAUCUACAGGUUAA